AAUAUUCCCAACAGAAGGGUGAGGAUGAAAUGUGAGGGGUAUUUUUAGGGAAUUAAGAGUCCGCUGUUCCAAUAGAGUGGUUAUGAUUUUUAACAUACUCGAGAAAUAUGAGAAGUGCUAGAAGUCUGUAUAAAGCAAGUUACUUAGGUUUAUCGGAAGUGUGUAGGUAUAUGCUAAAUGAUCAGGUGUGGAUUCAGUGCAUCCUCUUUUAUAAUGAGUACCUGCUGACGGUAGAGGUAGUGGGUCGGGUGUGGCGCUCUCUUAUUUCUCACUUAUUUGAAUCUGGUUUUCUGCCACUCCAGAAUCCCAUCAGGAUUCAAAAAUAACCUUAGUUUUCAUUUUGGGUUGGUUUUGUUUGUUUGUUUUUGUUUGGUUGGAUUUGGGAAACACUGGGCAGGUGAAGUCUUCUGUGGAGCCAAACUACAGUCCCUUUUUCUUUCCCUGAGUGCUCCCUUUUUCUUCUUUUUGGGAAGAGUAAUAUGGAUCAUGUUGUGGUCUUGCUUUAGUAUUUUUGUUGGCAUGUUGAUGAAAAAUUGAACAGAAAAACCCUUUGUUGUUGGAAACUGACAUUUCUGGUGUUCAGCUGACUUGUAUUAUUUUGGGUACAUUUUAAGUAUUUUUAAAAGCUGUAUGUAGGAAUGAUUCAGCUGAUACAACUUGGGUUUUUUCAUCUGCUUUAUUUUGAAAUUGGCUAGUAGAUCGGGCUUGUUUAAUACCUUAUUAGCUUUCCUAUUGGCUUAAUCACCGAGAUAACGGGUGGUGGGUCUGUAUAUACUAGGAGCCUUCAAAUGAGAAGAGGCAGAGUACUGGCAUUUGGAAGAGUAGGUUAAUAUUUCUUUCUUUCUUUUUUUUUUUUUUUUAAGAUUUUAUUUAUUUAUUUGACAGAGAGAGAUCACAAAUAGGUAGAGAGGCAGGUAGAGAGAGAGGAGGAAGCAGGCUCCCUGCCAAGCAGAGAGCCUGAUGCGGGACCCGAUCCCAGGACCCUGAGAUCAUGACCUGAGCCGAAGGCAGUGGCUUAACCCACUGAGCCACCCAGGUGCCCCUAGGUUAAUAUUUCUAAUUGCCUAUCACUUAGCAAAGACUCCUGGUUUAUAUCACAGACAGUUUUUAAGCUUUCAGAGUAAGAAUUAUAAGUUUUUUCAAGAUCCUGGUGUCCUUAUGGAAUUUUUGAGAUGAACUGUGUGACUGUGUUUAUGUUUCAGAGAUUAUAGUUGCUGAGUGUUGUCAUGGUAAUUUUUAUCCUCAUAUUUCCAAAGCUGAUUAAUUAGUUUUGUAUGUGGGUGACCCUCUGAAGUAAUGCUGAGAUUCUUUAUUCAGAUUGCUAACUCUGCUUCUGACAUUAUUUCUGUCAAAGUAGAAUGUAGAUUGUUUUCCCAGGCCUGAGUGUUCCUGUAAUCACAUAAUCCCUUUUCCUUAGUGCUUUUUUUUUCUUUCCUUUUUUCCCCCAUUCCCCCUCUUUUUGAGUUUACAUUUCUUCAGUCAGCAGCUUGCUUCAAAAUCCUUUAUGCUGGAAUAUGGAUUGUUGACUACUCUCCCCAAUAGUGGAUGGUAUUAGAGGCCUCCUCUCUCCCUCUCCUUCCUUUCUUCUUCCUCCCUCCAGCCCCUCCCUCACUCUGCGGGCUCUCAACCUACCUACCUUCCUUCCUUCCUUCCUUCCUCCACCUUCCUCUACUUUCCUCUCUCUCCUCCAUCUCUCUGUCUGCUCUUCCUCAACACUCCUUCCACUUUUUCUUCCUCCUUCCCCCUCCGCCACCGUACCAAUAAACAGUUAUUGCCAAAUCAUGUUCAAGUCCAUGGUUUAAUUUCUGCUUUGUUUAAUUAAUUAAUUAUUAAUCAGGCAAUGUCUUGAGUAGUUAGAAUUCAGUUAGGCUAGAAUUGGAAGUAUGUGAAGAGCUACAAAAAUAAUUAAAAAAAAUAUUUUAUUUACUUAUUUGACACAGAGAGAGAGAGAGCGGGCACGCGAUCACAAGUAGGCAGAAAGGCAGGCAGAGAGAGAAGGGGAAGCAGGCUCCCUGCUAGGCAGAGAGCCCGAUUCGGGAAUCGAUCCCAGAACCCUGGGAUCAUGACCUGAGCUGAAGGCAGAGGCUUAACCCACUGAGCCACCCAGGCGCCCCUACAAAAAUAAUUUUGAUCUAAAGAGGAAUUCUAGAAUGAAACUUUGGGGUCUACUUACAGUUCUAUCACUGACUAGCUCAGUGACCCUCAAGAAAGGUGUUUAGGUUUAGUGUACAUUGCUUGCCUCCAAGAUGAAAUGUAGUAAUAAGGGACACCUGGGUGGCUCAGUUGGUUAAGCAGCUGCCUUCGGCUCAGGUCAUGAUCCCAGCGUCCUGGGAUCGAGUCCCACGUCGGGCUCCACGUCGGGCUCCUUGUUCAGCAGGGAGCCUGCUUCUCCCUCUGCCUCUGCCUGCCAUUCUGUCUGCCUGUGCUCUGUGCUCGCUCUCUCUCCACUCUCUCUGAUAAAUAAAUAAAAUCUUUAAAAAAAAAAAAAGAAAGAAAUGUAGUAAUAAGUCCAGCUCUGUGCUCUCUCCAGGAUUUUUGCAAAAAUAAAACAAGAUGGUAGAUAUGAUUUUGAAAGUGAAAAGCAUUUGAAAGAGUAUGAUGUCCUCAUAGUAGAACAUAAAUUAGUUGACAAACUAUAGAACUUUAAUGACUAAAGUUAUGUGUAGUUUAUGGUUCUCAUUUAUUUGAAGUAUUAAUAUGGCAGGAAAUAGACACUCGUGUUUUUCUGUAACCUCCAUCUGUUGAUGUGGUUACCUUUCCUACUUCAGUUGAACUAUGAUUUUUAGUUUUUGGGAAAAAGCCCUUUAAGAUCUUCAUUUUAAUGUCUAUAUGAGUUUACUCUUAAAAGGAGAAGAACCAGGUUCAUGUGCCUAGAAGAAGAGAUGCUAGGAACAGCUUGUUGAUUUGUAUAGUUUUUGAACUGAUAAGGCAUGGCUUGAGGUUAUAUAUAUUAUAUAUAUAAUAUAUAAUUACAUAUUAUAGAAAUAUAUAAUUUUUGAGGUUAUACACAAGUAUCAUUAAGGGUUGACUGUUGCAUCUUGGAAAUAUUUAUGUUUUACAUUUUUUAUUUUUCCAAUUUUUAAAAAAGAUUUAUUUACUUUAGAGAGUGAGAGAAAGCACGCCCACAUGUGAGCUGAUGGAGGGGCAGAGGGACAGAGAAUCUCAAGCAGACUCCGACUCCUUGCUGAGCUCAGAGCCCAUAUAACUGGGCUCCAAUUCCAUCUCAUAAACCCUGAGAUCAUGAUCUGAGCUGAAAUCAGGAGUCAGACGCGUAACUGAUGGCUACCCAGACUCAUGAGAUGGCCACAGAUGAUAAGGCUUCCCCAGCAGUGGACUCUGCUAAUGAUUUGCCGCGGUCUCCUACUAGUCCUUCUCAUCUCACACACUUUAAGCCUUUGACUCCUGAUCAGGACGAACCUCCUUUUAAAUCAGCGUAUAGUUCUUUCGUCAAUCUCUUUCGAUUUAACAAAGAACGCGCAGAAGGGGUCCAGGGAGAGCAGCAGCCUCUAGCUGGAAGUUGGGCCAGCCCUCAGCUUCCUUCAAGAACACAGUCUGUGAGGUCACCUACACCUUAUAAAAAACAGCUUAAUGAGGAACUCCAGCGACGAUCUUCAGCAGUAUUAGACACGAGAAGGAAAGCAGAACCUACCUUUGGAGGUCAUGACCCUCGUACAGCUGUUCAGCUUCGAAGCCUCAGCACAGUAUUAAAACGCCUCAAGGAAAUCAUGGAGGGGAAAAGCCAGGAUAGCGACCUGAAGCAAUACUGGAUGCCAGACAGCCAAUGUAAAGAAUGCUAUGACUGUAGUGAGAAAUUUACAACCUUCAGGCGCAGACACCAUUGCCGACUGUGUGGGCAGAUUUUUUGCAGUCGUUGCUGUAAUCAAGAAAUCCCUGGAAAAUUUAUGGGCUAUACAGGGGACCUCCGAGCUUGUACAUACUGUAGAAAGAUAGCUUUAAGUUAUGCUCAUUCCACAGACAGUAAUUCCAUUGGGGAAGACUUGAAUGCUCUUUCUGAUUCUGCUUCCUCUGUGUCUGUACUGGAUCCAAGUGAACCUCGAACACCUGUUGGAAGUAGAAAAGCUAGCCGCAACAUAUUUCUAGAGGAUGAUUUUGCCUGGCAAAGUUUGAUUCAUCCAGACCCUUCAAAUACUCCUCUUUCGACAAGACUUGUAUCUGUUCAGGAGGAUGCUGGGAAAUCUCCUGCUCGAAAUAGAUCAGCUAGCAUUACUAACCUGUCACUGGAUCGAUCUGGUUCUCCUAUGGUAUCUUCAUAUGAGACAUCUGUCAGUCCCCAGGCUAACCGAGCCUAUGUUAGGACAGAGACCACUGAGGAUGAACGCAAAAUUCUUCUGGACAGCGUUCAGUUAAAGGACCUGUGGAAGAAAAUCUGCCAUCACAGUAGUGGAAUGGAGUUUCAGGAUCAUCGUUAUUGGCUGAGAACGCAUCCCAAUUGCAUUGUGGGAAAAGAGUUAGUCAACUGGUUAAUCCGAAAUGGACACAUUGCUACGAGGGCACAAGCUAUAGCCAUCGGACAAGCAAUGGUCGAUGGACGUUGGCUGGAUUGCGUCAGUCAUCACGACCAGCUCUUCAGGGAUGAGUACGCGCUGUACAGACCACUGCAGAGUACAGAAUUCUCCGAGACCCCUUCUCCAGACAGUGACUCAGUAAACUCUGUGGAAGGUCACUCUGAGCCAUCCUGGUUUAAAGACAUAAAGUUCGAUGACAGUGACACGGAACAGAUAGCUGAAGAAGGUGACGAUAAUUUGACUAAUUCUGCCAGUCCUAGCAAGCGCACAUCAGUCAGCAGCUUCCAGUCCACAGUGGACAGUGACUCAGCCGCUUCCAUCAGCCUGAACGUGGAGCUGGACAACGUGAACUUCCAUAUCAAGAAGCCCUCCAAGUACCCACAUGUGCCCCCUCACCCUGCUGACCAAAAAGAGUAUUUGAUUUCUGACAAUGGAGGACAACAACUCUCAAUAAGUGACGCCUUCAUCAAAGAAUCCUUAUUUAAUCGUCGAGUUGAGGAGAAAUCCAAAGAGCUGCCUUUCACACCUUUGGGCUGGCAUCAUAACAACCUGGAGCUGCUGAGGGAGGAGAAUGGAGAGAAACAAGCCAUGGAGAGGUUGCUUUCAGCUAAUCAUAACCACAUGAUGGCACUACUCCAGCAGUUACUCCAUAAUGAGUCAUUGUCACCAUCCUGGAGGGACAUCAUCGUGUCACUGGUCUGCCAGGUGGUUCAGACAGUCCGACCUGAUGUCAAGAACCGGGACGAUGACAUGGAUAUCCGUCAGUUUGUCCAUAUUAAAAAAAUUCCAGGUGGAAAGAAGUUUGAUUCUGUGGUUGUCAAUGGAUUUGUUUGUACCAAAAAUAUUGCACAUAAAAAGAUGAAUUCUUGUAUUAAAAAUCCCAAAAUUCUUCUGUUGAAGUGUUCCAUUGAGUAUCUCUACAGAGAAGAAACUAAAUUUACUUGCAUUGAUCCUAUUGUGCUUCAGGAAAGGGAAUUCUUGAAGAAUUAUGUUCAGCGAAUAGUUGAUGUUCGACCCACAUUGGUUCUAGUUGAAAAAACAGUAUCUCGGAUUGCCCAAGACAUGUUACUAGAACAUGGCAUUACUUUGGUCAUUAAUGUAAAAUCACAAGUUUUAGAACGAAUCAGUCGGAUGACCCAAGGUGAUUUAGUAAUGUCGAUGGACCAGCUGCUUACAAAACCCCACCUGGGCACCUGUCACAAAUUUUAUAUGCAGAUGUUUCAGUUACCUAGUGAGCAAACCAAAACACUGAUGUUUUUUGAAGGCUGUCCACAGCACCUGGGUUGCACAAUCAAGCUUAGAGGAGGCUCUGAUUAUGAGCUGGCUCGAGUUAAGGAAAUCCUAAUAUUUAUGAUCUGUGUCGCUUACCAUUCUCAACUAGAAAUCUCCUUCCUCAUGGAUGAGUUUGCUAUGCCUCCCACGUUAACACAGAACCCUUCCUUCCAUUCUCUGAUCGAGGGGCAGGAGGACGAAGGGACUGCACAGGAGCCAUCCAGCGCAAGUCCCCUCACCCGGGAGCCUGACUUCCCCGCAGAGCUUCUGCCCUCCGAGGACGGCAGUUUGCUAGAAUCGAGGACUGUGUUUGAGAAGGGCGACCAGGAAAAUAAAAGCGUGACCCAGGAUGCGGCCUCUCUGAAGCAUCAGGAGUAUGCCACGACAGCUUGCGCGGCAGGGAUCCCCUGUGCUCUUUUUCCGUCGGUCCCGGAGUCACUGUUGCCGCUCCACGUGGACGACCGGCAGAAUGCCCUGGGCAUGGAGCAGCCAGAGCCCUUGCAGCACGCGGAUGAGCUACAGGAUCCCAAAAGCCAGAUGAGAACCUUUAGAGACCCUUUACAGGAUGACACUGGAUUGUACGUGACCGAGGAGGUUACCUCUUCUGAAGAUAAACGAAAGACUUAUUCUUUGGCCUUUAAGCAGGAAUUGAAAGAUGUGAUCCUCUGUAUCUCCCCAGUAAUCACAUUCCGGGAGCCCUUCCUUCUGACUGAAAAGGGGAUGAGAUGCUCUACCCGAGAUUAUUUUGCUGAGCAGGUGUACUGGUCUCCUCUCCUCAACAAAGAGUUCAAAGAAAUGGAGAGCAGACGGAAGAAGCAGCUGCUCAGGGAUCUCUCCGGCCUUCAGGGCAUGAAUGGGAGCGUUCAGGCCAAGUCUAUUCAAGUCUUACCCUCGCACGAGCUAGUGAGCACUAGAAUUGCUGAGCAUCUUGGGGAUAGCCAGAGUUUGGGUAGAAUGCUGGCUGAUUACCGGGCCAGAGGAGGAAGAAUUCAGCAAAAAAAUGCAGACCCUUUUGCUUAUUCAAAGGAAGUACCUGGCACAGCAAGCGGCAGAUCAGGAAGCAGAAUUGAGGGUGAUGAAGAGAAGGGGUUGAUUCCGAAUGACGCGGUGUGGUCGACAAAGGUGGACUGUCUGAACCCCGUGAACCACCAGAGACUGUGUGUGCUCUUCAGCAGCUCUUCGGCCCAGUCCAGCAACGCCCCCAGUGCCUGCGUCAGUCCCUGGAUUGUAACGAUGGAAUUUUAUGGAAAGAAUGAUCUUACAUUAGGAAUAUUUUUAGAGAGAUACUGUUUCAGGCCUUCUUACCAGUGUCCUAGCAUGUUCUGUGAUACCCCCAUGGUGCAUCAUAUUCGGCGCUUUGUUCAUGGCCAAGGCUGCGUGCAGAUAAUCCUGAAGGAGUUGGAUUCUCCAGUGCCUGGAUAUCAACAUACAAUUCUUACCUAUUCCUGGUGCAGAAUCUGCAAACAGGUAACACCAGUUGUUGCUCUUUCCAAUGAGUCCUGGUCCAUGUCAUUUGCAAAAUACCUUGAACUUAGGUUUUAUGGGCACCAGUACACUCGCAGAGCCAAUGCUGAGCCGUGUGGUCACUCCAUCCACCAUGAUUAUCACCAGUAUUUCUCCUAUAAUCAGAUGGUGGCAUCUUUCAGUUAUUCUCCCAUUCGGCUUCUCGAAGUAUGCGUUCCACUCCCCAAAAUAUUCAUUAAACGUCAGGCCCCAUUAAAAGUGUCCCUUCUUCAGGACCUGAAGGACUUCUUUCAAAAAGUUUCACAGGUGUAUCUUGCUGUUGAUGAAAGACUUGCAUCUUUGAAAACGGAUACAUUUAGCAAAACGAGAGAAGAAAAAAUGGAAGAUAUCUUUGCACAAAAAGAGAUGGAAGAAGGCGAGUUCAAGAACUGGAUUGAGAAGAUGCAGGCGAGGCUCAUGUCUUCCUCAGUGGACACCCCUCAGCAGCUGCAGUCGGUCUUCGAGUCCCUCAUCGCCAAGAAGCAAAGUCUUUGUGAAGUGCUGCAAGCUUGGAAUAACAGAUUACAGGACCUUUUCCAGCAGGAAAAGGGUAGAAAGCGACCUUCAGUUCCUCCAAGUCCUGGAAGACUGAGACAGGGGGAAGAAAGCAAGAUAAGUGCAAUGGAUGCAGCUCCAAGAAAUAUUUCUCCAGGGCUUCAAAAUGGAGAAAAAGAGGAUCGCUUCCUAACAACCCUGUCCAGUCAGAGCUCCACCGGUUCUACGCAUCUCCAGUUGCCUACUCCACCAGAGGUCAUGCCUGAACAGCUGGGGGCAGGGCCAGCUGACCUCGACACAGCCAGCAGCUCUGAAGAUGUGUUUGAUGGACAUUUGCUGGGAUCCACAGACAGCCAAGUGAAGGAAAAAUCAACCAUGAAAGCCAUCUUUGCAAAUUUGCUUCCAGGAAAUAGCUAUAACCCUAUUCCAUUUCCUUUUGAUCCAGAUAAACACUACUUAAUGUAUGAACAUGAACGGGUGCCCAUUGCGGUUUGUGAGAAGGAACCCAGCUCCAUCAUUGCUUUUGCUCUCAGUUGUAAAGAAUACCGAAAUGCCUUAGAGGAAUUAUCCAAAGCGACUCAGCGGAGCAGUGCCGAAGAAGGGCUUCCAACAAACAGUACUUUAGAUAGCAGACCAAAGAGUAGCAGCCCUAUUAGAUUACCCGAGGUCAGUGGAGGACAGACAAACCGUACAGCAGAAGCAGAACCACAGCCAACCAAAAAGGCUUCUGGAAUGCUGUCCUUCUUCCGAGGGACAGCAGGGAAAAGCCCUGAUCUCUCGUCCCAGAAGAGAGAGACCUUACGUGGAGCAGAUAGUGCUUACUACCAGGUUGGGCAGACGGGCAAGGAGGGGACGGAGAGUCAAGGCAUUGAGCCUCAAGAUGAGGUAGAUGGAGGAGAUACACAAAGGAAACAACUUAUAAAUCCUCAUGUGGAGCUUCAAUUUUCUGAUGCAAAUGCCAAGUUUUACUGCCGCCUGUACUAUGCGGGAGAGUUUCAUAAGAUGCGCGAAGUGAUUCUGGGCAGCAGUGAAGAUGAUUUCAUUCGUUCUCUUUCCCACUCGUCGCCCUGGCAGGCCCGCGGGGGCAAAUCAGGAGCUGCCUUCUAUGCAACCGAGGAUGAUAGAUUCAUUUUGAAGCAGAUGCCUCGUCUGGAAGUCCAGUCUUUCCUUGACUUCGCACCGCACUACUUCAAUUAUAUUACAAAUGCUGUUCAACAAAAGAGACCCACUGCAUUGGCCAAAAUUCUUGGAGUUUACAGAAUUGGUUAUAAGAAUUCUCAAAACAACACUGAGAAGAAGUUAGAUCUCCUUGUCAUGGAAAAUCUUUUCUAUGGGAGAAAGAUGGCACAGGUUUUUGAUUUGAAGGGUUCACUUAGGAAUAGAAAUGUAAAAACCGAUACUGGGAAAGAGAGUUGUGAUGUGGUCCUGCUGGAUGAAAAUCUCUUAAAGAUGGUUCGAGACAAUCCUCUGUAUAUCCGUUCUCAUUCCAAAGCCGUGCUGAGAGCCUCGAUCCGUAGUGACUCCCACUUUCUUUCUAGCCACCUCAUUAUAGACUACUCUUUGCUGGUUGGACGAGAUGAUACUAGCAACGAGCUGGUCGUUGGAAUUAUAGAUUAUAUUCGAACAUUUACAUGGGACAAAAAGCUUGAGAUGGUUGUGAAAUCAACAGGAAUUUUAGGAGGACAAGGUAAAAUGCCAACUGUGGUCUCUCCGGAGUUGUACAGGACUAGAUUUUGUGAGGCGAUGGACAAAUAUUUCCUGAUGGUUCCAGACCACUGGACAGGUUUAGGUCUGAACUGCUGAAAGGGAGCACAUGAUUUUGAAAUGGACCAUGAAUGAAAGGGGCCUGGAACAAAGGACCAAAAAUAAGCUACAUGUUUUAUUUCUUCAUCACAUUCACCACUGUAUGCCAAGGCCUUCCCGUCCUCUGGUCGUGUGGGCUGUCUGUAACUGAAGGGUUAAAACACCAUGGAUUUGCACUUUGGUUUUUGAUAACUAAAUUAGCUGUCUUAUGCUGGGAAGUUGCAUGAGCAUUUUUCCACUUAAGCUAAAAUACAGACAUAUUUCAAAGGGCUAACGACGAAUGUAUAGUCUUUAGAGGUGAGGAGAUAAGGGUGAAAAAAUGGGGGGUUGGUUUUGUUAACAGUCCUGAUAAGAACUAGUCCUGGAUUUUGGCUUUCCAGCAUCUUUUCCCAGCAGCUCAUUUGACAUACUCUUUACUUAGCAUUUGUAGAGGUGGUGAAUUUGUUUUGUGUUUCUUACAUAAAAGUAUAAUGUUGCCUAUUAUCAGAUUUUUCUGAAACCUUUAAAAAAUUCUGAAUUACUCUCUUAAUGGCCAGUGAAAAAAAUGGACCCAGUCUGUUCUUGUUUUAUUGGGGCAUUUGACUUAAAUUGGGAAUCCUGUUUUGUUCUUAGCUUGCCUUGUUUUUGAGUGUGCUUGCUGUGUUUUAAGUUCUGUCUUCUCUGCGGGUGACAGGAGACUCUAGCCAUUAACUGUAAGCCUUCUUUUGGAGCUGUUUUUUAAGCUUGUUUAUAACUUUUGUGCAAUUAAUAUGUUCACCUGCACUUACCCACACAUGCUCAUAUUCUAGGUUUUCCUCCACUUUCAGGGAAACAGUAAAUCGGUCUAUUGUGACUAACUUCCCAAAGGGAGAAUUACUGAGGAUUUCUUUUUUUAAUGGAAAAAAUAAAUUAGACCUUACCCAAGAUAUUGGGUGAGACGUAAACACUUGCUUGUUUUCUGUAAAGGUAAAGUGUCUUUUUCAAUAUAAAUAGCGAUUUAAAUGACAUCUGUAAAACUAAGAGGUUUCUAGUGUGGACAUCUGUUUCUUAACUUUCUGCACUAGUUUCUAGUGCAGUUCUGAUUAUUGAGAAAUGUUAAGAGAUAAAAUAUUUGUAGUAAGGAACUUCUUGUUUAAUAGAGUUUUUGUUUGUUUAAAAGUGAUCUGAUAUAGUACUAAACUAACUUUGAGGAAAUAACAGAACGACAAAUACUUCCUCAUGGCUUCUCUCCCUAACAAGGGUAAUUUGGGGAUUUAUAAAGUUUUAUAAAGUUCUCUUUUCAGGCUUCCUCUAAUAGCACAUUUCUAUUGUAACUUUCACAAAAUAAGAAAAAGAAAUCUGGGUACAUUCCAGUUACAGAGACUGUAAGUAUGUGAAAUAGGAACAUUUUGGAAAGUUUGCUUUAGAGAAGGAAAGCAUUAGUUUGGGGUUUGGUGCUUAUUGGAUAUGUGGUUUGUUUUGAACUAGUUAACAAGUUGACCAAGGUCUUAGGACUAAUUAUAAGCACUUUUUAAAUAAAUGUGGUGUGCCUUUUGAAACUCACACUAGAACACUAGUGGUUUUAAUUUUAAUAUUACAGAUGAGAAAAGGAUGGCCUCCUGCAGAAGUGAAGCAGGUGGAUGGAAUGUAACGUCUCCAGUCCCAAACAACGGAUUUUGCAUCUCGUUUUGAAUGCAAACACUGAUUUGUCUCUGUUCUUUUUUUCAGUCAGGAUACUUAGGAUUAUUUGUCCAUUUCCUGCACCCUCAUUCAUGCACUCCCUGGGAGAAGGUAGCUUUCCUUCACUGUAGUCAGGUGGUUUCUUUGUUUUGGUCUCAAUACCAAAUAUGUGGAGCUGGGAUCCUCCUCUGGAAUAAUUCCUGACCGUAGUGUGUGUCAUGUUGAUUCAGUUUUCCCUGCCCAUGACUUGAAGACCUAUUUUUUAAAGCACUGCUGCCUCUUAAUGAUUUUGAGGCUAAAAAAUUUCCAGUAUAAUACGAUCCCAAGCUAAUACUUGCUACCUUGCAAGGGUGAUCUGUCCUUUUAAAAUGUCUUAAUGAAAGGGAAGUAAAUUUGUGAGUGGUAGAACUAUAUAUAUCCUCACCCCCCGCUGCUUUUGUGGAGGCCGCUACCAUAGGUAUAUAUAAGGGACUUCCAGUGUUGUGCUCCUUGGUGUUAAGCAUUGAAUGACCACUCACGUCCCUUGAGUUCCCUUCUGAGGUUUGGAGAAUAUUGAUGUUGAAAAGUUAAGACUGAGGAAGAAAUCUUACUACUUUCUUCCUUAGAAUAAAAUAGAAAUCCUGAGAAAAUGGAUAGUAGCACAAGAAAACUCUGUGAACGUGUUUCAUUGUAUAAACAUCUUAUUUAUAAAUAUGAAGGGUUUUGAUGCCAUCAACACUUUAUGGGAAAAAUUAAAAAGAUUUACUUUUUCUUACCCAAGUCUGCGAAAAAUAAGGGGAAUCGGCUAUUGCAAGCCCUUUUGUAGUUUGUUGGAAUAAUUUAAAUUUGUAGACAUUCAAAAUUUCCUACAAAAUGCUGCUUAUAAUUUUUUUCUUGAUCCAGCCGUGAGUGUUUUUCUAGCUUUGGUUUUUAUUGGGUAUUGUAAAUAGGUUUGUAUUGGUUUUGGUGGCAUCAGUGUCUCCUUGGCAUUUUACUGAUUAGCAUUCGGCCAAGGAAGAGUCAUCUACCCGCAGAAAGUUUAUUUAGCUAGCAGAAUGGAAACUUGUGAAUGAGCCUGGUGGUGAAACAGGUCAGGCCAUUCAUUGUUCCUCAAGUGUUAACAUACUGACUUAGACAGUAUUCAAACCAUCUAGUGCAAUGCCUUUUUGUUUAUUUGUUUUUGUAACACGGGUGCAGUGUAUUAUAGAAAACAAAAAUUACAAUCCUGAGCAGUUUUAUUAAUGCUGCUGUGCUGGUUUUGUAAAAAAAUGUACAUUAUGUCUUUUGACAGGUUUGAUUUUAACUAGAGAAAUGACAUUGUAAAUCAUAAUAUUCUCUUUUAAUUUAAUACAAAGAAUUCAAUUAACAAUAUUGAAAAUACUUAGUGUAUUAUAUUGUAUAUAUUUCUCUACUUUGGUUCUAGCUGUUUUAUAUGAUUGACAUGUUAUUUAAGAGAUACAACUGCUUUGACCUUUUGGAGACUUAUACUGUAAAUAAAGAAGACUUAAAAUAA